CUCAAGCUAUUUACCCCAUUCUACUCCAGCAUCGUACGAAACGGUCAGCGCCUACGGCCUUCGGACCUUGUCCAAGAAUCUCAAGUGGGUGCCUGAUUGCAUCACCCCUUUCCUUGGAGGAGCGUACUAUAAAAUACCCCGGAAGGUAUUGCUUACGUUGCUAGACCGCAUAUAUACUCGAUUCUGCCGGUGUCAUUCACCAGCUUUUUCUCUAGCUCCCCAUGUCAUCCUCUAGUCGUAGCAGCAUCCGACAUCCUCGUCGUCCUCCUUCACCUGUCUCCAUGUAUGCAGUGCCAGAAUUUGGGACUCCCAAACCACCGAAGCCUUUGGUCAAGAUAGAGCAUAAACCGAAGAAAUCGAAGUCACGCUUGUUCUUCUCUUCACCCGACCCGUCUUCCCAGACCUCCUUUCCAACUCUUUCCCCAACGCCGAGUGCAGGCCCAUCUCUCCAAACAACCCGCACAUCGCGUUCCUCCUUUUCCCUUUCCCCUCUUCUAAGGCGCCUCGGCAUUGGACGCAAGAAACCUGUAUCUGCAGUGCCGCCUCCAGUUCCAGAUAUCGUUCUUCCAGUCCCUCAGCACCAGCGGCGUGGUACUGAUGAAAAUCAGCCCACAUAUACGCUCGAAGGGAAAAUAAAUUCGUAUCGUACCACCGCAGCGCCCUCCGCCUCAUCGACCUUUCCUCACGGCGCUACUCUUCUGCAACCGAAGACGUUGAAUCCUUCCAAGACGCCUAGACGGCCCAAAACUGCUCCUUCCGGCUACGUCCCACGUAAUUUUGCGCCGGAACCAUGGUCAACCCAAGCGCCGCCUUCCGAUAAUUUCCUCCACCCCUCGCGAUACCAUACCAACCAUUCGCAAUCAUCUUUUAAUGAUCGGUCUAUUGCGACUCGAUCCCGUACAUCUUCAGAGUCAUCCUGUUAUUCUCAGGAGAGCGCUCUAUCGGACCGACAUCUCCGCACUUACCAUUCCUCCUCCAUUCUAAGACCUGAUCGUAUUCAAUCACCUUGUGGCCCGUCAUCUCGCCCACAGCCUCCUUCAUUAGCGCCAGGAAGACUCCGCACUCUUUCUGAAUUCUCUUCCACGACCCAUCUACCCGAGUCCAAAUCAUCUCUGAGUCCAAUCGAAUUCAGUUUGAAGUCCCCAAAAUCAGCGCCCAUCACUAAACAGAGAGGUCUGGAUAAGGUCGACCCUCCUCCAAAACUCAGACGUCCCAGGACGGCACCGCAUGCAUUUGUUUCACGGGAUCCGGCGUUGUUUAUUGCGCCACGCCCUGAUACGCCAUUCCUUCAUUACCUGGAAAGCUCUCGGGGUUACGUAGGGGUUUCAGGCUGGAAGGAACGUAAACAGGGCUGGAGUGGUGAAUGGAACAGGGAUAAUUUGCAGGAAGUCAUUGGAGUAUUGCGGAAUUUACGGUGAUCUCUGGAAGGUCGUGAAUACCGUUAUCCGUAAUUCUAAUUCCGGAACGAAUGGUUUAUCAAGAAACUAUUUCGACGUCGCUGGUCCGAUGAUCAUUGAUGACUUCAAAGACGACCAUAACGCGGUG